AUGCCCCUGAAUCCUAUUCCAACUUUAACAGAACAGCUGUUCUUAACGGAAGAGGAAGUCUUCACCAUCGUCAGAUCAUAUCUGCCUGACGGUGACUUGAUUUCUAGUCAUUUAUGUGAAUGGAUGGCCAAAGACGGCGCAUGGGAAUUUCGGGAUUUUACAUGGAAGCAUAUCAUCAAUAUGCAGCAGUUCCGCUCAAAUGUAAAAUCAACAAUGUCAAGCAUUUGUACUAUUGGAUAUGCUCGAAAAAGCAAUACAAAAGACUCAAAGGCCGCCAAAAUAAAUUCUGUUAAUCUUCAGAUCUACAAACUAAAAAAAGAAGCUUCUUUGUGA